GAGACUGAGCCAGAUUUCCCUUUGGACACUCCUAGUCUUUUAAGGUCCUGAGCUCAGCUAACAGUCCCUGGACUCUCCUUGAGUCUGGAUCUCAGCGGACAGGGCCAGCGUGACGCACACACACUCCCCGGACCCUCUCUCUGAAACCAGCCAUCCAGGAUCUUACCGCUCAGUGUUUGAGGUAGUAUAUUGCUGGGAGAGCUGUCUCCUUGAGUGCACCCACCUCGGAGGGUCUGACUCAUAAUAUCCCCAGUGAAAUCUCUACUUUUGAAGCAAAUUUCCAUUGGCAUGAUUCAAGGAUAGCGAUGGAUCCUGAAGGCUCUCGUAUCCAAGAUGAUCCAGAUGUCAAGGUGAUGAUGGCAGGAUCGACUCUGAGAAAAGUCAAGUCCCGGUCCUGGAAGAAGCAGCGGCAUUUCCGCCUUCUGGAGGACGGUCUGACGAUUUGGUACAAAUCCAGAUGGGCGGGAAAAUGCCACUCCACCUUCUCAGUGAGCGAGCUGGAGACGGUGCGCGAGGGCCACCAGUCAGAAAUCCUGCUGAGCAUCGCUGAGGAGUUCCCCGCUGACCUCUGCUUCACCUUAGUGUUUCAUGGUCGCCAAGGCAACCUGGACCUCGUAGCGGAGUCCCCCGAGGAGGCCCGGGCCUGGAUCCAGGGAGUGCGCAAGUUAAUUCACAAGGCUCAAACAAUGGAUGAGAAGGAGAGGCUGGACCAAUGGGUCUGGGACUGGUUUCAGAAAGCUGACAAAAACAAAGAUGGGAAGAUGAAUUUCAAAGAAGUGCGGAAACUGCUGAAAAUGAUGAACGUAGACAUGAAUGAGGAACACGCUUUCUAUCUCUUCACGAUGGCUGAUAAGUCAGAGAGUGGCUCUCUGGAAAUCGAGCAGUUUGUCCACUUCUACAAGAUACUGACGCAGAGGGAUGAAGUGUGGAAAGUGUUCCAGGACUACUCUGGAGAUGGAGAGAAGUUAAUGUUGGAGGAGCUGGAGAACUUCCUGAGGAUAGAGCAACAUGAGGGAGAGCAGAGCGCCCAGCACGCCCAGGAGCUAAUAGAUCGCUAUGAACCAUCGGAGACAGCCAAGAAGCAAAGCGCCAUGUCACUAGAUGGCUUCCAGAUGUACCUGUGCUCACAGGAGGGCUCCAUAUUCAAACCUGAGCAUCGGGGUCUUUACCAGGACAUGAGCCAGCCGCUCAGCCACUACUUCAUCUCCUCUUCACACAACACCUACCUCCUGGAGAACCAGCUCCGAGGACAGAGCAGCCUAGAGGCAUACAUCCAGGCUCUGAAAAGAGGCUGUCGCUGUGUAGAGGUGGACUCCUGGGACGGCAGCGACGGGGAACCUGUUGUGUAUCACGGUCACACUUUGACAUCCAAGAUUCUCUUCAGAGACAUCAUCUCAACACUCAAGGAAUAUGCCUUCAAGGCGUCAGACUUCCCAGUCAUCCUGUCUCUUGAGAAUCACUGUGGUGUCGAGCAGCAGACCGUCAUGGCUCAGCACCUCAGCCAAAUCCUGGGUGACACAUUACUGACCACCCUGCUGGAUGGACAGAUUCCUCAGCAGCUUCCUUCUCCACAGGAACUGAAGGGGAAAAUUUUGCUGAAAGCCAAGAAGAUUGGUGGUCUAGAAAACUGUCUUGAUGAAACCCUGACAGAUGAAGUCAGCGAUGAGGAAGAGAUGGCAAACGGUGAUGCAGAGAGUCCGUCUGCAGAAGACCCACCUGCUGAGUGUUUGAAUAACAAGAAAUCCAAGUCCAAACUGUCGAGGGAGCUGUCAGACCUGGUGCUUUACUGCAAGAGUGUGCAAUUCCAUGGCUUCGAGUAUUCUCGUUUACACAGCAAAUGCUAUGAGAUGUCCUCAUUCUCUGAAUCCAAGGCCAAGAGACUAGCUAAGGAAGCAGGGGGAGACUUUGUGCAGUACAACACAAGGCAGCUGAGCAGGAUUUACCCCAGUGGCCUCAGGACUGACUCCUCCAACUACAACCCGCAGGACAUGUGGAUUGUGGGCUGUCAGAUAGUGGCUUUGAACUUCCAGACAGCCGGUCUGGAAAUGGAUCUGAACGACGGGCUGUUCAGGCAGAACAGCUGCUGUGGCUACAUCCUCAAGCCUGACUUCAUGAGAGACGGCAACACUCAGUUCAGUCCAGAGAAACCUGAGGAGCGGCAAGGCCACAGACCACUGCGCUUAUCCAUACAGGUGAUAAGUGGACAGCAGCUACCAAAGGUGAACCAGAAAGAGGGCUCUAUUGUAGACCCCCUGGUCAGAGUGGAGAUCUAUGGGGUACCACAGGACCAGGCCAAGGAAGAGACCAGUCACAUUAACAACAACGGUUUUAACCCGGUGUGGAAUGAAACUCUAAAUUUCGUCAUCCACACCCCUGAGCUGGCCCUGGUUCGCUUUGUCGUGGAGGAUUACGAUAAGGCGUCCAGGAAUGACUUCAUCGGACAGUUCACUCUCCCUUUUACGUGCAUCCAAGCAGGAUACCGUCACAUACAUCUGCUGUCUAAAGAUGGAACAGCCAUCCCUCCCUCCUCUGUCUUCGUCAACAUCAGCAUCUCAGAGCUCACAUGAAGAAGUCAGACCAGUGGAUCUGAAGCCAGAGGUGGUCACAAGUUCAAAUGUCUCCAUGAAUGUGAUGAGGGGUUUUAACAUUUGAAUAUAAUACUUAAAUCUGGGUUAAAAGUCAAGCGUUUCACAAACUUAAAAUAGCAAUCAGCGGGUAACAUGUCAGAAAUCAGACUUUGAUUUUCAGCUUUAUUUACUGAAAUAAAGAUGUUGGGGUUUCUCUUAUAGAGCAUGCUCUGCAGACUGAUUGUUCUGAUCAGUUGUUUGGAAUCAUUAGUGAUCAUCAGUGACAAAGAUGGAUUGAUGCAUCUCAUUGACGGCCAAUCUAUGAACAGAGACUGUCAAAUAAGUCCAUAUUGCAUCUGCAAUGACGUGACAAUAUCAUGCAAUUCUGCACAUCAACUCUUUACGAAAUAUUUCCCACUAGCAUUCAUUUGAAUUUAUCUAAUAAUGUAGGAACAUGAAGGAUCGCUGCAUGUGUUGAAUGCCUUAAUAUACCGGUUUGCCUUUAAAUGUGCUGUACUGUGUACUACAGUGCCUGGGAAAGUCCAGUUUUAAAAUGUAAUGAUAGAAUGUGAAAAAAUUCCUACAUAUCAAUAUUAAAAACCUAUUAUUAUAAAGUAUUCAUAGCUUUGCAUGAUGUUGGUUCAUCUACAGUUAAAGCUAAUGUACAAAUUCCACAAGGUAUGUUGUGUAUAAUGUAAAUCUGUGUGUAUACAGGUCUGU